AUGGAGUUGUCUACCUUUAACAGAGUGUUUUCACUUGUUUCCCUUUGCUUGCUUGUUAUGUUACACUUUACACUUAAUCUUGCUUCUGAUUCUUCUGAUGAAGCGAAUGCCCUCGUCAAAUGGAAAGACAGUCUUUGGAAUAAUGACCAGUCUUUCCUGCCUUCGUGGAAUCUUUAUCCUGUUAAUUCUACCCAACUAAGCGCAUGUACCUGGGCCGGAAUUUCUUGCGACCAUGCCGGACGUGUUGAAAGUAUUAUCCUUACGAAUACAAGUUUAAAAGGUACACUUGAUGAAUUCUCCUUCUCAUUAUUUCCUCAUCUCUUGUAUCUUGAUCUGAGCAUGAAUCAACUCUUUGGAAGCCUUCCACCUCAGAUUGGUAAUUUCUCCAACCUCACACGCCUUGAUUUGUCAAAUAAUCAAUUGUCUGGGAAUAUACCACCAGAAAUUGGCCUUUUAACACAUCUGGAGAUCCUCCACCUUUCUUUCAAUCAGUUAAAUGGUUCAGUACCAGAAGAAGUAGGCCAGUUAAGUUCUCUUAAAGAGCUUGUCUUGUACCAUAACAACUUGGGCGGUCUCAUUCCUUCUUCUUUGGGCAAUUUGAGCAACUUGGCUCGAUUAUCUCUUUCUAGUAAUUCACUUUCGGGCUCUAUUCCUAGGGAGAUUGGAAAUUCAUCUCAAUUGCAUGUGCUUGAUCUUUCUUCGAAUCAUUUGGCUGGGAAGAUUCCUACGGAACUAGGAAAGUUGGUUUCUAUGAACAAUCUGGUUUUGAAUGGGAAUCAAUUUUCUGGAGGUAUACCUCAGGAACUUGGCUUACUCAUUGAACUUGAGUACCUUGACUUAUCUGCAAAUAGAUUGAAAAAGUCAAUCCCAAAAGAUCUUGGGUACAUGUUGAAAUUACACUACUUGAAUUUGAGUAACAAUCAGCUUAAUGAAGAAAUUCCAGAUCAAUUGGCAAAGUUAUUUCAAUUAUCAGCUCUAGAUUUGAGUCAUAACUUGCUAAAAGGAGAGAUAUUGUCUCAAAUAUGCCGUUUGGAGAACUUGGAGAACCUUAAUCUGUCCUACAAUAACCUCUCUGGUUCAAUUCCGAGUUGUUUUGAAGGAAUGAAAGGUUUGUCUUUUGUCGAUAUAUCCUAUAAUGAGUUGCAGGGUCCAAUUCCCGAUAGUAGAGCAUUUCGAUACGCUCCAGUGGAAGCAUUAGAAGGGAAUAGAGGAUUGUGUGGUGCUGCUAGCAGCCUACGACUACCUUGCAAAACUUUCACAUCACACAAACAGAUCUUUAAGGGCUGGCAAUUGGUGUUCACUGUCGUGUUCCCUCUUUUAGGAGCACUUACUCUUUUAAUUGUGGUGCUAAUUAUCUAUCAAAGAAGGAAGAAAAGAAACAACGAGAGCAAUUUAAUUAGUUGUCUAAGUGGGAAGAGAAGAAAUCAUGAGAACAUGGGGGAAUUUUGGAUGUCAACUGUAUCAAACAUUGGGGAAAAGGCAACUUAUAAAGAAAUCAUGAGAGCAACUGAAAAUUUUGAUCCCAAAUAUUGUAUUGGGAGGGGAGGAUAUGGAAGUGUUUACAUAGCAAAAUUAGAAGAAGGGCAUGUUGUAGCAGUAAAAAAAUUUGAUAUUCAUUCUUUGCAUCCUAGUGAGAUGGCAAACCAAAAUCACUUAUUGAAGGAAGUAAAAGCAUUAACAGAGUUACAUCAUCGAAAUAUUGUGAAAUAUUUUGGUUUUUGUUUGCAUGCUCAACACUCUUUUUUAAUUUAUGAUUACCUUGAAAAUGGUAGCUUGAAUAAAGUUCUGGGGUGUGAGGUGGAAGCAAAGAAACUGGAUUGGAAUAUGAGAAUAGGGAUUUUAAGAGGUGUGGCUCAUGCCUUGUCUUACCUACAUCAUGAUUGUUUUCCACCAAUUGUCCAUCGAGAUAUAUCAAGCAAGAAUGUGUUGCUUGAUUCAGACUAUGAAGCUCAUGUCUCAGACUUUGGAGUUGCCAAGGUUCUCCAGCCAGGAGCAACCAAUUGGACUGUAGUUUUAGGUACAUGUGGAUAUACUGCACCAGAGCUUGCUUACACAAUGAAGGUAACUUUAGAAUGUGAUGUGUAUAGCUUCGGAGUGUUAGCACUAGAAAUUAUCAAAGGAGAGCAUCCAGGUGAUAUGAUUCUUUCUCUAUCCUCUUCUUUGAAUAGGAUGAAGGAGAAGAGGCGGCUGAGAGAUAUUGUGGACCAACGUCUUCCAUUUCCUGAUCCUGAAAUUCAGGCCCCAAUAAUAAAAAUUUUGAACCUUGCUAGUGCUUGCUUAGAUGCUAAUCCACAAUUGAGGCCAACCAUGGACAUGAUUUGUAAGGAGUUAUGA